ACUUGUCUUCAUUUCCCCUCUCUCCUAUCCUCUCUUAACAACCCCUACUCUACUGUUGAAUGAAAACUGACUGUAAAUUCGGGCAUUGACUGGCUGACCAAGCUCCGACGACUCUCAGUCGUCUCACCGCCGGAUCGGAGAGAGCUGAGCUGCCCCCUUUGCCUCCACUCAUAUACAUUUUGCCAUUACUGUGGGAGGGAGUAUUUGGGCGUUUUGGCACCGGUUGUCUCCGGCAAUGGGGAUAAGAAACAGGAAAACCGGACGUUUUUCGGUUUUCAGCUGAAGUUAUCUGAUUAGAAGAAGACCAGGGAGAGUGUUAAUAGAGACAUUAAUGUAAGAGACAAGUCAAAAGAGACUUGGAUGGCUUGUGAAUUGUAGGGGCUCAAUCAAGGAUGAAAUUUGAAGGGGGAUUGUUUAUUCUCCGGGAUGACAAUUUACGGGUCGUGGAUUCUUGGGUUCCAGUGACUCCACAGAAGCCGACUCCAGUGAAGCCUCAUCCGGUCCCAGUCAAACUUUAUGGGAACCUCCAUCAAGGAGGAAAUCGGCAACAACAAUUGACUGGAAUUACGAGGGAGCAUGUACCGGUGGGGGCUAGUUACAAUGGCAUGACUCAAGCUGUUAGCCCGAAUGGUCAGCUACAUAGAUGUGGUUAUGAUGGUAGUGUGGGGGAGAACAUUCAAAUGAUCAAUCACAUUUCGGACUCCUACAAUGCAGGAUUCUUCACACAGUUGCUCUGUGAUGAAGGCUCAAGUUGGAAAGAUAAUCCAUUGACACAACAGUUACUACAUGAUAAUGCUGCUUAUGUUGCCUCUGCAAACGGGAACCCGAGCAGAAGUGUGGACAUAGCAGCGAACACACCUCUAAUUCCUAAGUUGCAUCCUCAAUUGAGAAACCAAGGAAUCGACUCGGAUAGUUUCUUGCUAACCAACCAAAAUUUCAACAGUGGUUCAUAUCCUUCAAGUAGUGUGGACAUAGCAGCGAACACACUUCUAUAUCCCAAUUUGCAUCCUCAAUUGAGAAACCAAGGAAUCGAUUCGGCUCAUUUCUUGCUAACCAAUCAAAAUUGCAACAAUGGUUCAUAUCCUUCAAGUAAGGUGAUGAGCACAUCGUUGGUUAUGGAUUUUCCUUCUCAAGUUGACAACAGUCAGAGAGAUUCCAACUCAGUUCAUUGGUUAUUUGGCGACCAAAAUUACUGCUCAAGUUCAAAUUCAAACCCUUUGAGUUAUGGUGACAGCUUGUCCCAGAUAUGCCAGAAUGAUUUCCCUGUACCAUUCAUGUCAAGCUGUGAUCUAAACUCCUUACCAACAAUAGAAGCCGAUGCUGCCUCAUGUGUUGCCAGCCAACACCAAUUCACAACAGACCAGGACAAGAAUUUGGAGAACGACCAGCUUUCUGCAUUACUGAAAUUCUUGAUGGAGGAGGGUUCUAGCAAGGAAAAAGAUGAGCAGGUGAAACUAACCACGUCUAUAGGAGAUGAAGCAAUUCAAAAAAAUGGUUACGAACUCUUGCAGAACAUUGUGAAGUCAUCAACAUCAGCAAUUUCUACACCAUACAAGGGAAACAAAGAUUCUGACAGGGAAGGUGACAGAGGGACUGAUCUAAACAAGACACCGCAGCAGAAACCAUCGAAGCGAAGAAAACACAGGCCCAAAGUAAUCAGAGAAGGCAAACCCAAGGGGACACCAAAGCCUACAACUCCAAGCAAUACAGAGUCUAAGGAGAGCCAACCAGCAAAGAGGAAGUACGUAAGAAAGAAUGUUCAAAAGGAAUCCCCAAGUCCACUGGCAAAUGGUAUAAGGGAGACAAUAGACCCUAAUGCUGGAAAAGGUGCAAAAUCAUGCAGAAGAGCUCUAAAUUUUGAUUCGGAAAAUACCAUGGAUGAAAACCAAUGCAAAGCAGGUGGUCAACAAGAUGAGAUGCAGCAAGGGAUCAAGAUGAAUUUUGAUUCUCAAGGGACACCUAUUGUCCCUGUAACUAACCAGGGUUUAAAAGCCAGACCAGCAAAGCAAGGUGCCCUACAGAACGAAUUGAUGGUAGAGAACCAGAUUCCAGGAACUAUGAGUAACUGUACCUCUUCCAUGAAUCUCAUGCCAAAUAACUUUUUAUUCCUGCCAGAAAGGCAACCAUCGGCAUCCCUACUUGCUACAACAAAAGACAUGCAUCUGAAAAAUUUGCAUGUUAUGGGUAGACAUGUAGAAAAUGGGAAUUAUGAUUUAUGCCAGAGAAGAUGCAGAGAUGGAUAUCCCUUGCAGCAACUUCGCCAUGAUGAAGUAAUGUGUCAAGAUGUCAUUCGAGCAAAAACUAGUGGUAAGAGCCGUCAGAUGAAAGAAAAUAUUACCCAGGGUGACUCUCACUCGGUACUAAAGAUCUUCUCCCUCUCCCUUCCAAGUGAAGUAAGGGGAUCCAAGAGGGAGUAUUGUCGAACCGUGGAGCAUACACAUCUUUCUACCAAUCAUCCACCUAGUUCACUGUCUUGCCAAGAGAUAUAUCAAAUGGAUGGCCAUCAGAGAAUGCUAGGCCAGGAUUUUUCACCACGUCAUAAGAAACAGAAAUUCGAGAAUGGGUAUUUGGGCAUCUAUAAUACGCCUUGUGAAGUUACACCAAUUGAGAAGCGUCUGGGAAAAUUUGAAAGAACAGGGCAAAAUAAAGUCAACUCAAAUGGAUUCGCAUCAAAGAAACAUACGAUAUUGAGUUCUUCCAUUGAAAGUAACAAAAGCAUGGAUAGACAGAACAAAGGAGUGGACAAGUUUACGAGUGACAGAUACACUUACUCAAUCACUUCUGGGAAUAAUUUUCUAAAUCCGCAGAUCUCAUCCAAAUCACAUUCAUGCCACGAUUUCACCCAAGGUCUUGGUUUUUCCACCCAUUCCACGAUCGAAACCUGUAACCAGCUAGCCUCAUCAUACCCCAAAAAAUCCGUUGAACCAGGAAACAAGCAGGUAUCUCGAACUCACCAUGAUAACAUGUUAAAAAUGAAGCAGACUGUGGGACCCACACAGGCAGGUAUAGAUAAUGUCCUGCUAGAGAAGGAUGCCUCGUACAAUUAUCAGCAGCCUUCUUCAAAAGCAAUCGGAUUUCCGGUAAGUGGACAUAUUAUAUCAAUAGAUAACAUCAUAAAUGAGUUUAAUAAUCUGAACCUCAAUGGAAGAUGCAGCAAAAUUUUAGAGCACGAGCAAAAUGCCCUUGUCCCGUACAAAGGAGACGGUGCAGUUGUUCCCUACGAAAGAUUUAUCAAGAGACGUAAGCCACGGCCUAAAGUAGAGCUUGACCCAGAAACAAAUAGGAUAUGGAAUCUUUUGAUGGGCAAGGAAGGAAGCGGAGGCAUUGAAGGAAAUGAUAAGAAAAAGGAAAAGUAUUGGGAAGAGGAAAGAAAGGUUUUCCAAGGCCGAGUUGAAUCAUUCAUUGCACGCAUGCAUCUUGUUCAAGGAGACAGACGUUUUUCAAAAUGGAAAGGAUCAGUUGUUGACUCAGUGAUUGGAGUUUUCCUUACUCAGAAUGUUUCAGACCAUCUAUCAAGCUCUGCCUUCAUGUCUUUGGUUGCACGAUUUCCGCUUAAGUCAAGCAAUCACGAAGCUCAACAGAAGGUUGGGACAAACAUAUUGGUAAAAGAACCAGCAGUUCGCAUGACAAGUCCAGAUGAUGUCACCAAAUGGCAUAAAGAUAUGUCAAGUCAGCCAAUCUAUCACCCGAUUUCUAGGACACUCCAUGAAUCUGAAGAUAACCAGAGAGACAGUGAUACCUCAGGGACAGAAAGGAACUUAGUGGAGGCACACAGUCAAUGUUUGGAGGAAGAAUUUGUAUCAUCUCAAGAUUCUUUUGAAUCCUCAGUCACUCAAGGCGCUGCAGGAAUCAAUUUGUACUCGGGCUCCAACUCAGAAACAGAAGAUCCUAUCACUGGGUGCCAACCCAAGAAGGUUUAUGUUUCCCUUUCAACAGAUCAACAGAUGGAGAAAGCAACCAAGUUUCGAGACGUUUACAGUCAAGUAAAUGUGAAAUGUGAG